AUGUCGUCCUCCAGCGAGAAGAAACAUGCGCCGUGGGUGAAUGCCGUUGCCGGUGGUCUCGGUGGUACCGCCGCCAAGUCGUUGCUGUCCCCCUUUCAGCGUGUGGUGGUGAUGCAGCAGCUGGGGGACCACAAGGAGCUUGGCACCUGGCAGCUUGUACGGUACAUCAAGGAGCAGGACGGCUGGAAGGGUUUUUGGAAAGGGAACCUCACUUCUAUGAUCCUGCGCGUGCCCUACUCCGGCAUACAAUUCGUCUUGUAUAGUCAGCUGAAGUUUUUCUUUCAAGACAUCUGUGAGCGGUAUGUGCGGCCACGGCAGGGCCACGCCGCUGGCGUCCAUCACCGCAUUGAGACCUUGGAAUUGUUUAUCAUGAAGUGCGGCGCUGGCGGCAUCUCUGCCACCGUCGCAGGGGUCGCGGUGUACCCCGGCGAGGUGGUCCGAUUGCGCCUCAUGUCCGGUGAACGAAAAUUUAACGGUAUAUUUAACACGAUACGGUGCAUCUACGGCGAGACCAAUUCGUUGCGCAAUUUUUAUCGUGGACUGGGCGCAUCCCUCAUUCAACGGGUGCCCGACCUCCUCAUAAGCUUCGCAACCUACGAGACGAUAAAGUACAGAUUGAUCGAGAUGGAAUUUCUCAGCUCACACCCCUCGUACAAGAACAUAGUUGCCACUGUUGUUGGAGGCGGGGCAGCGGCCUUGGCGUCGAUCCUCGUCGCGUUUCCACUUGAUGUGGCCAAGCGACGCAUUGGCAUGUCAGGACAGGGGAAGAGCAAGGUGGUGUACGCGGGGGUGCGGGACUGCCUGCGUCGGGUGUAUGCGCAGGAAGGAAUCCGUGGCUGGUACGCGGGGGCGCGCGUUGAGGCGAUACGUUGUGUGCCACAAGUGGUGCUUAUGUGGUUCUUCAUAGAGGGCUGUCAACAGUUCCUAACGGGCUAUUGUGUUCACUAG